AUAAAAACAAAACAGAGUGGCAUUUACUGGCUCCUUACUGGAACUGAAGGGUGCGAGGGUAUUCUGGCUUCAGGCUUUGAUUCAGUGGUCUGAUCGCUCUCCUUCAAGGUGGCAUUGUUGUUAGGUCCCUUGUGGUGGAAGGAUGGCUGCCAGCAGCUCCAGGCCCGUCUCUUUCUUACAGAAAAAAUAGAGGUCCUUCACCUCCCAGACUCAGCAGAAGCCUCCUCGCAUCUCUGAAUUGUUCCGAGAUGGGACUGUGACCUUUCAGGAGCCUGGGCACCGUGAUGCUUCAAAGGGCAGGAAUGAGUCAUGUGCUCACCCUGGAGCCAGGGGAGGGCUCAGUGCCCCUGGAAGCCCUUAUACAAAGAGAGAUGGAAGACGUGGAUGCUAGGUGGUGAAAACAAGAGAUGGAGCUGAUUAAAAGGGCAAAUAAACUGUUUACCAAUGAUUGUAUAUUUCUGAAGAAAACUUUGAACAUCCCAGUUAUAUCAGAGAAGCCUUUGCUGUUUAAUGGACUUAACUCAAUAGAUUCUCCAGAAAAUGAAACUGUUGAUAGUUUUUCUCAUGAAGAAGACCUGGUAGCGGCUGGGGAAGACCUUUCCCCUCCCAGUCCUCAAGAAUCUGAUGCUCAGCCCAUGCAGCCCGAGGAAGUGUCAGCCAGAGAUUUCCUGCAGAGGCUGGACUUGCAGAUUAAGUUAUCAACACAGGCAGCCAAGAAACUAAAGGAAGAGAGCAGAGAUGAAGAAAGUCCCUUUGCAGCUUCCCUCUAUCACAGUUAGAUGAUCGCGGGGCAUAAUCUAACCUGGGUUAAGAGAUGGUUUGAUAAAUAAAGAAACCAACAACCGAUGAUUCAGAAGCAUCCCUUUUGGAUUCUCAUAGCGUACAUCUUUAAAUCACAAUUACGUAAUUCCACCUACAGCAAUUGCACUGAAGUCACUAGCUCCUUCUGGUUUUCUAUGAUUUUCAGUCUUUAUUAUGGCAUGAUAGCAAAAUUGUAUCUUAAAGCUCAUCACUUUUGCAAGCGGUGGUAGUUUUUAGACUAGCUUUUGUAAAUACUAGUUGACAUAAAGCCACAAAGACUGUUUACAUAUUCAAGGUAAAAAUGUUUAUUUCCUGAGAAAUCCUAAUUAUGUGAAAAACAUGGUUGCUGUUUAAGUGAUGCUGAUUUUGCUAUGUGUUUAUAACUUAAAUGCUAUAUAUAUAUAUAUUUCGAUAUGUAUUACAUA